GAAUUAGUUCGCGUAGGAAGGGGGGACGUAUUGGUUCACGUCAGAAUGCACGUAGAAUACCAAAAGGAGUAAUUCAUGUUCAAGCCAGUUUCCAUAAUACCAUAGUGACUGUUACAGAUGUACAGGGACGGGUAGUUUCUUGGUCCUCUGCCGGUACUUCUGGAUUCAAAGGAACCAGAAGAGGAACACCUUUCGCUGCUCAAACCGCGGUAAUAAAUGCUCUUCGUAAAGUAGUGAAUCGAGGUAUGCUACGAGCCGAAGUAUUUAUAAAAGGUCCCGGUCUCGGAAGAGAUGCAGUAUUACGAGCUAUUCAUAGAAGCGGUAUAUUAUUAACUUUUAUAAGGGAUGUAACCCCUAUGCCACACAAUGGCUGUAGACCCCCCCAAAAAACGACGUGUGUAGAAAUCAAAAGUGAACCUAUAUCAAGAGAAAUAGAAGAUUCACUAAUAUACUAAAUCAAAAUUUUUAUGGUUCGAGAGAAAGUAGCAGUAUCUACUCGGACACUACAGUGGAAAUGUGUUGAAUCAAGAAUAGACAGUAAACGCCUUUUUUAUGGCCGCUUUAUUCUAUCUCCACUUAUAAAAGGUCAAGCCGAUACAAUAGGAAUUGCGAUGCGAAGAGCUUUGCUGGGAGAAAUAGAAGGGACAUGUAUCACACGUGUAAAAUCUGAGAAAGCCUCGCAUGAGUAUUCUACCAUAGGGGGGAUUCAAGAAUCGGUACAUGAGAUUUUAAUGAAUUUGAAAGAAAUUGUAUUGAGGAGCAAUCUAUAUGAAAGUUGUGAUGCGUCUAUUUGUAUCAAGGGACCUCGACAUGUAACUGCCCAAGAUAUAAUAUUACCCCCCCAUGUACAAAUUGUUGAUAACACACAACAUAUAGCCUUGGUUGACGGAACCUAUUGAUUUUUUUAUUGGAUUAAAAAUAGAGAGAAAUCGCGGAUAUUUCAACAAAGUGGACCUUCACUUUGACGAUGGAAGUUAUCCUAUAGAUGCUCUCUUCAUGCCGGUUCAAAAUGCA